GACAGGAUGAUUUUAAAAUUGUACAAAAAGUAUGGAACAAAAUGGAGUUACAUAUCCAGUUUCCUUAAUGGCAGACCUGUAUAAAUCAAUUGUCAUUAUUUUUACAUAGGAAAACAUGGUAAAAAAUCGAUUUUAUGCCAAUUUGAAAAGACGAUUCCAAUCUGAUCUGGAGAAUUCAGAAGAAGACCAAUGUCAGGACUCUCAGGAUUCCUUCAAUGUUACCAAAUACAAGAAGAAGAAGAAGCUCAAACCCUAUAGAUUCGUCAGCGAUUCCAUUUAGAUCAAGAAAUCUUAGCUCCAAAAUGUGAGAUCUGAACUCUUCAAACGAAUCACCAGGUCCAAGAAUAGGGAUCCCUUGCGAGAUCAAAUUAAGGAAGAGAACGUUCAGGAUCCCCUUAUUCCUCACGAAGAGCCAGUCAAUUAAAAGCAGGAAUUAGAAAACAAUUUGAUUUCACACUAAAAAGUAGGUGUAAAAGAAGAAAUGGUAUCUAAUGUUGAUUAGAUACCUUGCAAUCCUCUUAUGUUAUUCGAAUAUUAAUAACGAUUUUAAGCUCUAUAAUAACUUGAUUAAGGAACAAUAGAGCUUGGAUUAAAUUAAUAAUCACAAUAAUAAUUAUUAUAAUCAUAAUAAUUAUUAUAUUGCUAUCCAAAACUAAAUGACACUCAAUACAAUUUCUAAUUGUGUUAGAAAUGUAGUAAAUGUGAGAAUACAAUCGACUAAACUCAGUUGUAUUCUUUUUAAGAUAUUAAUCAAUUAUUCAGAUUGUUUUAGUAUCAAAUGUUUAUGCAAAAUCAACCUUUGCUAAAUCAAAAGGCUGAAGUUGAUAUGUCAUAAAUUGGGAAUCAAUAACAAUAGCAAUAUAAAAGCCAUAUAUUGCAGUGACAUUUCAUUAUUGGAACUCAAGGACCAAUGAAAAUGUUAAACAUAUAUCAUCCAUUACAAA